AUGAGUGGUGCGGAAGAGCCCCUCUAUGAAAACCGAAGGAAGGGGGUUUCGGGUACAACGGUAUCUCAAUUACAGCGCGUCCAAGUCUUCACCACAACCAACGACGGAUUCUUGCCCUCAAGAACGCAAUGGACAUGCCACAGCAGCAGCACUUCGACCGAAAACACGGAAGCUUAAGAAAUCAACGACUAGACACCGCAAACACGCACGGCAACGGCUCCUCCGGGGCAGUGAAGCGCUCCCGUAUCUCUCGCAUGCCGCGGUUUCGUUCGUUUUCACUCGAUAUUCAUCUCGCAAGGAGUUCCUCCGCACGAGCGUGGUAUCGUAGGUACUGAGGAUGAUGGCGGGCUAGUCUACGGCAGNCUCUCUCUCUCUCUCUCUCUCUCUCUCUCUCUCUCUCUCUCUCUCUCUC